AGUUUCUGUGUGAUGUGUUCUGCGUGACUCUACUGGGUGUUGUGAGAGGAGGUUAGUCAAGCUCAGAACUCCAAACAUGGAUUUACUCACCUAUGAUGACGUGCAUGUGAACUUCACUCAGGAAGAGUGGGCUUUGCUGGAUGCUUCUCAGAAGAGUCUCUACAAAGGUGUGAUGGUAGAGACCUAUAGGAAUCUCACAGCUAUAGGUUACAGUUGGGAAGAACAUACAAUUGAAGACCAUUUCCAAACUUCUAGAAGUCAUGGAAGGUAAUUUUCCUCUGCAAGCUGAUGAGAAAAUGCCUAUGAAGAAAGUUUAACGUGUGCUACAAGUAGUAAAGAAAACCAAUAGGGUACAAUAAGCACUGCUUUCAAUUAUGGAUGUUUACUGACUUUCAUAAAAUCAUAUAUGUCUAUGUCAAAUACGUAAUUAUUGUUUGCAAGGCAUUCCAUUAGUUCAAAGACAGAGAAAUAAUGGCUUAACAGGUAUGUUACUAUUUAAAUCAAGCUUAGUAGAGCCAUGCUGUACAAGUGCGAGUGUCUUCAGUCUCAUAUCGCUUAGCUAUUGCAAAAGGAACACACAGUGAUUAGGUGACAAGUAUAUGUCUAAAACCUAGUAAUAAGCAAAUAAUCCAUAGUAUAUCUGAGCUCAAUGAUAUACUUGUAAUAUCAUUGCUAAAUUUAGUGAGAUGGACAGUUCAUAAGAUUCAAAAAUGGUUUGGUGAUAAAACCUUAAUCGCUAUACUACAUCUCUAUGAGGAAAAAAGUCACGUGUGUGAAUGUAAUAUGGAACCUUUACACUUGUUAUUCUCUUUUAAUAUGGUUGUCAUACGUUACUAUGGAUACAGCCCUUGUGAGCAUAGGGGUAUUGAAAGAUGCCACAUACCUUUCACUUUUUCAGAACAACAAGAGGAUAUGCAGUAUAACAUACUUUGAGUGACAUUCUAAAUGUGCUGUAAGUUUAUAAGUACUUAGUUUCCCAACAUUAUUGGGGACAUUUUCCAACUCAAACUGCUGAAAAUCAUAAUUAGAAUUAGGGUAGUAGAAAUUAUAUUCUGUUUGCAUUUGUUCAUGUUCCAAAUGUAGUAUUACUCUCAUGAUAACAAAAUUUGUGAAUGCAAUCAGUGUGCAAAGACUUUGAGUUCUUCCUGUUUUUUUCAAAUAUGUGAAUAACCUUUUAUACAAAAAGUAUGCUAUAAAUGUGAGCCAGAUAAUCAAUACUGUUCCCAUUUCAUGUAUCCUCAAAGAUGUAAAACAAUCCAUAACGAGGAGAACACCUUUGAAUGCAAACAAAGGCAUAUUACAUUAACAUUAGAUUGCUCUUUUGAAUGAAGCCAAUUUUUAAAAGAAUUCAUACAGAUAAAAAGACUCAUCAGUAUAAUCAAUGCGAGAACAAUUUCACGUGUGCCAAUUGUAUUUGCAGGCAUGAAAGAAGUUCUUCUGCAGAGCAACACUCUGAGUUUAUUCAAUGUGGUAAAGCCUUUGCAUAUCAGUCAUAGUCAAAGGCAUGUAAGAAUACACAAUGGAGAGAAACACUGUGAGUGUAACCAAUGUGGUAAAGACUUUGGAACAAGGAGUGUCCUCCAAAGACUUAAACGAACACAUACAGGAGAGAAACCCUAUGAAUGUAACCACUGUGGUAAAGCCUUUGCAGAAAGCAGUACUCUCCAAAUCCAUAAGCGAAAACAUACAGGAGACGAACCAUAUGAAUGUAACCACUGUGUUAAAGCCUUUGCAAAAAUGAGUGAACUCCAAAUACAUAAACGAAUACAUACAGGAGAGAAACCCUAUGAAUGUAAGCAAUGUGGUAAAGCCUUUACACAAAGCAGUCAUCUCGGAAUCCAUAAGCGAACACAUACAGGAGAGAAACCCUAUGAAUGUAAACAAUGUGAUAAAGCUUUUGUAAGAAGGGGAGAACUCCAAAUCCAUAAGUGAACACAUACAGGAGAGAAACCCUAUGAAUGUAAGCAAUGUGGUAAAGCCUUUGCACAAAGCGGUACUCUCCAAAUCCAUAAGCGAACACAUACAGGAGAGAAACCCUAUGAAUGUAAACAAUGUGGUAAAGCCUUUGCACAAAGUGGUACUCUCCAAGUACAUGAGCGAACACAUACAGGAGAGAAACCCUUUGAAUGUAACCAAUGUGGUAAAGCCUUUGUACAAUGCAUUGCUCUCCGAAUACAUGAACGAACACAUACAGGAGAGAAACCCUAUGAAUGUAAACAAUGUGGUAAAGCCUUUGCACAUAGCAGUCAUCUCCGAAUACAUAAGCAAACACAUACAGGAGAGAAACCCUAUGAAUGUAAACAAUGUGGUAAAGCCUUUGCACAUAGCAGUACUCUCCAAAUACAUAAGCGAACACAUACAGGAGAGAAACCAUAAGAAUGUAAACAAUGUGGUAAAGCUUUUAAAAGAAGUGGUGACCUUCUAAUACAUAAGCGAACACAUACAUGAGAGAAACCCUGUGAAUGUAAGAAAUGUGGUAAAGUUUUUAUAAGAAGUGUUGACCUUCAAAUACAUAAGUGAAGACAUUAGGAGAUAAACCCUAUGAAUGUAAACAAUGUGGUAAAGCUUUGCAGAAAGCAGUACUCUCCAGAUACAUAAGCGAACACAUACAGGAGAGAGACCCUAUGAAUGUAACUAGUGUGGUAAAGCCUUUGCAGGAAGGAGUGACCUGCAAAGACAAAAGAUCAUACAGAAGAGAAAGUCUAUGAAGGCAUCUAAUGUUAUAAAGUCUUUGCAGCAAGCAUUGAUCUCCACGUAUAUAAAUGAACACAUACCAGAGAGGAACCUUUUAAAUGUAACCAACAUGGUAAAGCUUUUUCAAAAACCAAUAGUCUUUACAUACAUAAAAGAAUAUAUACUUGAGAGAAAUGGUUCGACUUUAACCAAUGUGGUUAAACUUUUUCAAAAGCAGUCAUCAACAAAAUCAUAAAACAACACGUAUAGGAGAGAGAUUUUUGAAUGUUAGCAAUGUGCUUUUACACCUUUUUUCACAAAACAGUGGCCUCAAAAUAUAUAAGGAAACACGUACUGGAGAGAAAACCUAUGAAUAUCAGCAAUGUCCUGAAACCCUUCUACAUCACAAUCAUCUUCAAAUCCAUAAAGAACAUGUAGUGGAGAAAAAUCCUCUGAAUAUCACUAAUUAGGUAAAGCAGUUAUAAAGAGUCAUCUCCUAACACAAAAGUAUACACACUGGAUAGAAACCCUAUGAAUAUAAGCAAUGUGGUAAAUGUUUUAUAAGUCACAGUAUUCUCUAAGUAAAUAAAGGAAGACACACUUGAGAGAAACCCUAUGAAAAUUAUUAAAGGUACAAAGCCUUGUACAUUAAAAUCUUCAAAUCAAUAAAAGAAGACAUAGAGGUGAGAAACCCUAUGUUUGCAAGCCA